AUUUUCUUCCCGGAUCGAUCGUUUGGGCGCUUUGGGCGAUCGGGGCUGACCUUCUCUCGACCAGAGCUUCUAGGCAGCAACGAUUGAUGCUAUAACCAAAAGGGCUAGAUUUCUCGCAGCUCAGCUCCGCGGCCAACACACUCUCAUCAAACAUGUAACAGAGCGAUUUUUUCACGACCAAAGAGCACCCGGAGAAGAAAGAAGUAAAUCACUACAUGAGCAACACAAACUCAGGAGAGCAAUCGAUUUCCAAGACGAGAGGGUCCAACUCCUCGCAGCGCUCAAGGAAUGUAGUGUCUCGAGAGACUUGUGCCAUGGGAAGCAACUCCACAGCUACGCGGUGGCGAGCAAGCUCGACUCAAACAUCCGUGUGGCCACCACCUUGAUCGACAUGUACGCAAAGUGCAAGAGCAUGGACGAGGCUCGCAAAGUCUUCGAUGCCAUCGCUCGUCCCGACGUGGUUUCUUACACUGCUCUCAUCUCCGGCUACGCAGACAGCGACCAGGAGGAGGCAGCAUUGGAGCUCUUCACUCGAAUGGUUUCCAAGCCAGGCUCCUGCGAACCAAAUCACUUAACUUUCGUGGCUGCUCUCAAGGCCUGCUCGAAUCUAGCAACCAGAAACGGUGACAAGAUGGGAUCACUAGAAAAAGGGGUGGUUUUGCACGCUCGAGCGGCUGCUACAAGGAACUUGAGACACAUUUACGUUGGAAACUCUCUUGUGGACAUGUACUCCAAGUGUGGCAGCAUGGUGGAUGCUCGGAUGGUUUUUGACAGGAUGGAAGAACACGACGUUGUGUCGUGGACUUCGCUGCUGCUCGGCUACGCAGAGAACUCCGACAACAGGCUUGCGGUGGAGCUGUUUGGAUGCAUGAAGGCUCGAGUGCACUGUCCGUCACCAAAUGCCAGAGCUUGCGUUCCUGCGCUCGUCGCGUGUGGAAAUUUAGCAGACUUGGAAGCUGGGAAGAUCAUCCAUGCUGGGAUUUGUAGGAGUGGAUUGGAAGACGACGAGUUUGUGGCAGCUUCCCUGGUUGGUUUCUACGGCAAGUGUGGAGACAUGACCGACGCUCACCUAAACUUCGAUGGUUUGCUCGAGAAGCCCGACUUAGCUACCUGGAGCUCGCUGAUCACAGGCUACAGUCGGCAGGGAAGCAGCGAUCGAGUUUUGGAUCUGUUUGGACAGAUGAAAGACACUGGCGUGAAGGCUGAUGGUGUGAUCUUUCUCGCGAUUCUCACGGCUUGCACUCACGCCGGUCUGGUCGAGACAGGAAAGAGCUACUUCCGAGCGAUGGUGGCCGAGUUUGGGAUCACUCCGGGGAUCCAACACUACUGCUGCAUGGUGGAUUUGCUGGGACGUUCCAAUCGGCUGGAAGAAGCUUGGAGCUUGGCCAAGACGAUGCCUGUGGAGGCGGACGCUGCGGUGUGGAGGGCGCUACUCAGCGCUUGUCAAAAGUGGAGGAACGCCACCAUCGGGCGACCAGCGUUUGAGUCAUUGGCGGAAUCAAAGUCAGAGUACGUGCUCAUGGCAAAUAUCUAUGCCAUGCAAGAAAUGUAGAAGAAGGGUUCCAUUUUGAUCUACUUUUUACAUUGAUCGAAAUAAUUUCUCUAUACAAAGCCAAAACCUUCGCAGCC